AGAGUCUGAAGUUGUUGCUGUUUGUGUGUUUCAACUGUUUCAGUUAAUGUCAGUUGGGCAGACACGUGAUCAUGAUGAGCAGAGCACAGUGCAGGUCAGUCUGGUUCACUGUGUGAGAUCAGACACAUGAGGAUUCUCUCUUAAGGACCAUCAGGUUAAAAACAGAUUUGAAGGCAAACCAGGAAAGCAGUGAAAUUCCAAAGUGAGAUGGAUAAGGUCAUUAACUGUUUCAGUAAAAGACCCGAGGCUGUAGCAAGGCUGAUCUGUUUCCCCUGGGCAGGAGGAGGCUCCAUCCACUACGCUCGCUGGGGAAGACUCCUUAAUCACUCCAUCGAAAUCUAUUCAGUCAGAUUGCCCGGAAGGGAGAGUCGAGGUAAAGAACCCUUCUUCCAGAACAUGCAGCAGAUCCUGGAUGAGGUCCUUGCUGUGCUUUUACCAGAGCUCAAAGAGAAACCAUUUGCUGUUUUUGGACACAGUUUCGGUGCCAUGACAAGCUAUGCUUUCGCUGAACGUGUGAAGAACGUUUACAAUCUUGAGCCUGUACACAUGUUCCUCUCUGGAGCCUCGGCACCUUAUUCUGACACUAGAUUGCAGGCUCCACGGAGAAGCCACCUGUCUGAUGAGGAGUUCCUCCAGUGGAUGAUCUCUCUCGGAGGAACGCCACCUGAAAUCCUGGCCAGUCCUGAGGCCCUGAAGUUGUUCAUGCCAGCCUUGAAAGCUGACCUUAACGUGGUAGAGAAUUACACGUGUAGCAGGCCAACAGCUCCUUUCUUGUCAUGUCCAGUAUCAUGUUUUGAUGGCAAGGAGGAUUUGCCACAUGAUUUACAAGCAUUCAAAGCCAUGACCAGUGGAGAUUUCACUGUGCAGAUGUUGCCUGGAUCCCACUUCUACCUAAAAGACCAAGCAAAUGAGAAGGUCAUACUGGACUACAUCACCAAACAUCUAGAGACUGCGGAAAUGGAUUACUUUUAGACUACUUUCGGAUGUCGUCUUUGACGGUAGAACUCUUUGGACAUCAGAGGCAAAUAAAAACCAUGAAAACAGGAAUUUUUUUUGAGGGGAAUUCAAGACAAACUAUGGAUCUUUUGAAUGAAGGCAUAAAACCAACUGACGUUUACAGAAGACUUCAAGCACAGUAUUGUGAUGAGUCUCUUAGCUGCAGUAAAAUGUUGCAAUUAUUUUAAACACCACCAUAUGUCCGUGUCGUGAUUGACGAUCUCGGCCGAGGUGGCUCAGAGCCUGCUGCAGUCGUUCCCGUGAACAUUUAGCGAGUAGAACGCCUGAUCCUUGAAAAUUGGCGGAUAGCUUCUCGCCAAUUUGCAGAAGAUACACAUCUGUCUGUGGGAACUGUACACUACUUGUCAUCAUGUCGUUUCCAAAUAUUUGGGCCAUUAAAGGAGUUCCUGGGAGGCCAGCGUUUCAAGACAUGAAGCAGGCAUGGAUCCGGCGUAAUGAGAAAUGUUUGUACCUUGUGUGGCAGGGGAUUAUAUAGAGAAAUAACGGGCGUUUUUACAGUUUUUUUUUUUUUU